GCAUGGACGGAGCCGGGCUGGGCGUCACCGCCUGCGCCGCGGCCGCGGGGCUGCUGCUCUACCGCAUCGCGCGGAGGAAGAAGCCCACACACGUGACGGUGAACUGCUGGUUCUGCAGCCAGGACACGGUGGUGCCCUACGGGAACCGCAACUGCUGGGACUGCCCCAACUGCGAGCAGUACAACGGCUUCCAGGAGAAUGGAGACUACAACAAGCCCAUCCCUGCCCAGUACAUGGAACACCUUAACCACGUUGUGUCAGGCAGUCCAACUUUCUGUGACCCUACCAAACCACAGCAGUGGGUGAGCAGCCAGAUUCUGCUCUGCAAGAAAUGCAACAACCAUCAAACCAUGAAAAUCAAACAGCUGGCUUCAUUCUCACCAAGGGAGGAGGGCAAGUACGAUGAGGAGAUUGAGGUGUACAAGCACCACCUGGAGCAGACCUACAAGCUGUGCCGCCCGUGCCAGGCUGCAGUGGAGUAUUACAUCAAGCACCAGAACCGGCAGCUGCGGGCGCUGCUGCUCAGCCACCACUUCAGGCGCCGGGAGAGCGACAAGAGCUACAGCCAGAGCCUGUGUUCAUCCUCAUCCACUUCCAUCACCACGCCAGCUCAGGUGAUCCUCCUGCGGUUCCUGGCCUUCCUCAGCUGUGCGUUCCUGGUUCUGAUGGCCUUGUACGGGUCGGGCAACCCCUUCUCCCUGAGCACAGCUGUCCCUGCUCCUGGCCCCGAGUGGAACAGGACUGGCGCGAGCCCCCGUGCAGGCGGUGACGGUGGCAGUGACGGUGGCAGUGACGGUCACGGUGGCAGUGACGGUGCCGGCUCGGGGCGCGGCUGGCGGGAGCUGCUCCGCCUGCUCCCGGAGCGCCUGCUGGAGAACCUGAGCGUGGCCUGGGCCUACGGCAAGAAUCACCAGAUGGCAGUGGCUGUGCUGGGGCUCUUCACCUGCCUGCUGGCCAUGUUCCUGGCUGGGCGCAUCAGGCUCCGGCGGAUCGACGCCUUUGCCUCGCUGCUGUGGUUCCUGGUGAUGAGCCUGCACCUGGCCGAGCGCUACCUGAAGGCAGACACGCCCAGCUGGCUGGACACGGCCAAGUUUGGCACCACGUCCCUGUGCUGCCUGGUGGGCUUCACCGCAGCCGUGGCCACGCGGAAGGCGACGGGCCAGCGGAGACCCCGGCCCCGAAGGUACCUCUCUGGGGACUCCAUCACUGUCUUUCCCAGCAGCCCUGGCCCAGCCUUCCCUUCACCUGCCACGUCUCUGUUUGUCCCAACGCCGCCCAGCAUCCUGCACCUGACAAACCAGCAGCUCUUCAGGUCCCCGCGCAGAACAGGCUCGUCCUCCCUGCCCGGCCGCCUCAACAGGGCGCUGUCGCUGGGCACCAUCCCCUCGCUGGCACGGGCAGAUUCUGGCUACUUGUUCAGUGGAAGCCGGCCAGCCUCACAGUCAUCCUACUCCAAGGAGUCCCCUACAUCAGACCCGCUGUCGCUGCUGGGGUCCCGCCUGCCGUCCCCUGCCCCGUCCGUGGCCGGCUCGGUCACCUCGAGCUCGGGCUCGCUGCGCCUGCGCCGCCCGCUCAUCAGCCCGGCGCGCCUCAACCUGCAGGGGCAGAAGCUGCUGCUGUUCCCCAUGGGCCCCGAGGAGCCCCCGCAGCCCGACAGCAACGCCUUCGGCCCCGAGCCGCCCCCGAGGAGCCUCGCCGAGCGCGGCGCGCCCGAUGUGAGAUCGGCUGUGGAAGGGGGGAGUAUCUGCAGCGAUAAUUCCAUCAAAAAGGAGGAUCACUCGUCACACUCAUCUACCUGCGUGGUGGACACGACUACCAAAGGGGAAGAUUUGGCAGGCUGGAGAGGUCGCUUUGGUACCUCUGCCCUGCGGGGCCUGCUGGCCGUGAGCCUGACCCUCAAUGCUGUUUUCACAUCAGCCUAUGUGUACAGGAGCCUGCGCUGACUGCUGCCAGCCCUCCCUGUCCCUCUGGUUCCACCUGGUCCUGAGGAGAUGAGAGCAGCCCAACCACGGCUUCAUGGCCAAGGCCAUGCCACCGGUGCAUGCUGUUCAUCAAAAAACUGCUGUACACUCAGCUGGCAUGAAAAGGAACCUGGGCAGCUGCUGCCACCCCUUCCAGGUAGAUCGUAUCCCAGGAGUGUCCCUGGAGAUGGCAGGCAGCAUUCCCAGCUCCAGCUCAAAGCAGGAGGCCAAUCCAAUGGCCCACACACUUCCUUUCAAGAGAACUGACCUGAGACACAAGCCUGACAAUGCGUGAGCUGUGUUUUUAGGAACCUACCCCAGCUCUUCUUUCUGACAUAUUGACCUCGUGCUGAUGGUGCUGGUAAAAUGGGGAGAAUUAGAGCAAAUGAGCUGAAGAAGAGGGAUGGCUUAGUAGCUGGUGCUGGGCUUUGGCUACUGCAGCAGCAUCCCCAGGCUCUGCUCAGUGGUUCCUCUUCUCUCUUCUCCCUGGCAUUCUCCUCUAAAUUGUCAGUGAACUUUCUUUAGUUGCCUUAAGCUUGCCUAAGCACAUGGGUGACCUUGGCUGCUCUGUCAUGUUCUUGCAUCUUAGAUGUCCUUGUGCUUCCAGCUGGACCUGGCCCUGAGGCCACUUUCACCAGUUCCUUGUGGCCACGCUGGUCCUCAGCCCUGUGUGUGCCUGUGGCUGCAGGGCUGCACAGCCCCGACAGACCCUGUGCUGGCUGCAGCAGAGCCCCAGCAGGCAUCACCUGCGUUACUCUCAAGUGGCAAAAAGAAAGGAUCCCGGUGUGAUUUGCACCACAAAGGGCUUCAGCUCUCAGCUCUGCUGGAGCUUUCACUGGAGCAGUGAGUGGCAGAGCCUGUUCUUGCUGUAAAUCGCACAAAUCUGUUCUGUUAGGGGUAGGUGAGGAGAUGUCUGAUUGUACACAUCUAUCCAGAGACCUGACACCUCACUCUGAUGUUGGGGUUUGCUAAGUAACUGUUUGAGAUAUUUCUUACUUGGUAAAAUGCCCAGGUGCUCUCAGUGAGAAAUGCCAAACCUGCUUCUGGACAAUUCAGCCUUCUGGAUAGAUUCUUCUUUUCUAGCCCAAGGAAAGUAGUAGAUUUUCAAAAGCAGUUUGUAAUUUGGCUAUUUCUGCUUUUGGGUAAGCCUUCAGCAUUGCUUAGAAUUCAAGGGCCAUUUAGAAUAUUGUGCUGAACACUCAGAAUCAUUUAGUGCAUCUUAGGGGAAAAAAAGAAAUCCUGAUCUUGCUGUUUUGGUUCCCAAAAACCAAGUGCAGAGAGAUUUACCAUUGUAUGAAAAACGCCUGGUGAGAAGAGAGUUGACUGGCAUUAGCUGUGUAUUUCCUGAAGCAGGACUCAGAUCUAGAAGAGUUUUUCUGUUGUCUCUUCCUUUGGGCUCCUUUACCUCAAAUUUCCCUGCCCCACCCCACUGCCCUGUGUUUGCACUCUGAAUUGGUGAAUUCUGUGUCUUUCCCUCCUUUCCAGUUUGCUGCUGUUGCUCUCUUGUGUUCCUGCAUGUGCACAGAGCAAGGUGUAUCUGCUGCUGACCAUUCUCUGCCCUGAACCUGAGCCCCACCUGGCAGUGAUGAUCACCCUUCCUUUCACUCUAUUUUUCAUUUUGUUGCAUGUUUUAGUUGAGUUCCUCCCCAGCCACACUUGGUAGCCCAUGGGAGCCCCAGCCAGACUGAUCAGCGUGCAUGCGACAGCAUAAAUGGGGCUUUGCUGCUGCUGCUGAUUCAAGCACUGAAAAACUGAGUGUCUCUGUGAUUUCCAAGUCUCCCUGCAUGGUCUGAGCUGCCCACUUCCAGCUGCUGCUCCUGCCCUCCCUGUGGGUGAGACUGGUCCCUGCUGUGCCUGCAGGGGAGGCCAGGCCUGCACGCUCACGCUGAUCCGAGGGGCUGAGGAAGGAUCCUGCAUCUCCCUCUGGCUCCUCAGAGAGCUGUGCAGCCCUGCACAGCCAGCGCCUCCUGGACACAGCCCAGAGCCAGGAAAGCACAAAGCUGUGUUGAAUGGACGAUGAGUUCUGUUGUAACUUGCAUGAAUUGUUCCUUGUAGCCAAACCGGACCCAUAACCUUGUUGUAAAGAGAUUUUUGUCCCUUUUAUAGACUUUGCACGCUCACCCGAGCAUGUGUACAGGCAGGAUGAUGGCAGAGCAGCUGCCAAGUUCCUCUUUCAGCCUCUGCUCUCUGGGUUUCCUGAUGUUCUGGUGCAGCGUGUGAUCCUUGGCCUGCACACACAGACAAGCUGCCAGAAGAUGCCGUGGCUGUGCUUGUCCUUGUCACCCAGCAAAGUGCACUGUGACUCUGUGUAUGCAAACCUCCCCCUUCCACCUCCCAGCCUGCGCUCAGUUUCACCACCACGCUGGACCAGACUGCAACACCAACCUUCUCCUCCUCCUCCUCCUCCUCACAGCCCAGGAGCUGCAGCAUCUCCACAGCCCUCUUCUUCCCAUCGGCAUUGGGAACAGGAGCACCCAAACUGUGCCUGCCCCUCUGAGCUGCUCACUCACACUGCUCCGGGGAGGGGGCUUGGUGACCUUGUCCACAGCAAUAGAGAGACUUUGGGGUUUAUUACUGCAGAGGGAAGAUUUUCAUUCUGGUGCUAGAACUCUCUCCCGUGGUGCUCUCACGGUUGUGAAGCCUUUGCUUGAGGAACACACGAGCGUGUGAGUGUGAGUGUGUGUGUGUGUGAGUGAGUGAGUGUGUGUGCAGAUGUACAAAAACAUUUGCAAGGUUUCUUCAUUUCAGAAGAUCUGAGCCCAUGUUUGUCUUUAUAUUGUUGGCCUUAAUCUAGCUCGUAGAUACUGUGUCUAUCUUGCUGCUCUUUUCUGUACAAAGCUGGUUUGGAGGAAGCAGAAGUUUAUCUGGUCCCCUGUAAAAAUAUCUGUGACUGAUGAUGUUGAUCUUCAUACAGUGUUGUUCAGGGGGGAGAUUUUAUUUUUCUAAUACUUUUCCUACUUUAAAAACUGUUGGAGUGUAUGGAGUGGGAAGGAUCUUUACAAAAUGGCCUGAUAAAGAUCUGAACGCGGUUUAAUAAUACCAACAAUUAAUGAUUAAGUAUAAAUGACAUUUAUUUACAGACCUUUUCCAUUUCCUACUUUCCAUUGAAAAUGUCCAGGUACUUCUUCUUUGGCUAUGGGCUUGUUAGGCAUGUUCUGAGACUUUGCAGAUACUUUAGAUGAUUUUGCUGUUCUGAAUUAGAAAGAAUUUGUAUUUUGGAGUCUGGUUCCAGUUCGCAGUCUGAGGAGUUUGGCAGAUGUGAAAUUUUAUGCCCAUAUCUAUUUGAUGGGAUAGAGGGAGUGGGUAGAACAAGUUGCUGGUUUCUGAAAUUUAUCAUACCUUUUAACAUAAAAUCUUAGACAUUAAAUUGGUCACUGGAGGGGGGGAACCUCAUCGCUGACAUACGUAGGCCAGAUUCACUGAAUUUUAGGCUAUUUGUUCAAGCAACAGAUGAGGCCUGUGAAUGUUUGAUUCCCACUCCCUGUUCCUGGGUGCUGGGAACUUCUGCAGAUCCCUGCUGAAUUGGCUGGGUCCUUGUAACAGGGCAGCUGGACUCAAGGGCUUCUGUUGCCUGUGGAUGCUGCUAUAUUUUUCUUCCAAGCUCCAUUCCUGGAAAUAACAAUGGUCUUAACCUCUCUCACAGACAUUUGUUAAAAGGCUAGAAUGGGCCAAUUUGGCCCAUACUUUUUUUUUUUUUUUUUUUUUUUCAUAUAUGUUGCAUCCAGAAAUUAUCAUCACUGUGUUCCGGGGUGGGAGUAAGAUACAGAGUAUUUUUUGAUUGAAUGGGUAUCUAGAGAGGGUGAGGAGGAUAAUUUCAAGUCCUAAACCUUAUUUCCUGUGAAAGAAAGACUGUAUGUUAUAUGUGUGUGUUCUUUGGGGAGCUCUGUCACUGUACAGUUUAGUUAAACAUGCUCCAAGGAAGGAGAAGCUGUUCCUCGGAGGUUUUUAGUUCAUGCUUUGUGUUUAAAGAGGAAUAUUUUUCUUUAAAAAAUAAAACCGGAUAAGUUUUC